CUUCCAUGUGAAGAUAAGUUGCAAUUAAGUGUUGCAAAAUGCUUCCCUCAAGGAAACUCUAGUAUGCCAUCGAAUGUUUCACUUUCUGGUUUUGAAUAUGGUGAAGAAGGUAUCAUCCCUGGACAUUCUAAGGGGUCCUUGGAGAUAACUCAGAGCACAGAAGAUGAUCAUCUACUUGACACACCACUCCUUCCAUCUCAUGCAUUGCAUUCCCGGCUGAGACCAAGAUUCUAUACUAUUCCUACAGUAUUCAUUGCCAAUUUUUUGUUGCUUAUACAUGUUGCAUUUGUUGUCUUAGUAUUUUUAGCAGUCAUGUUUUGUUCUUAUCCUCACCCAAAUGAAGAUAAGUGCCCUAAAAACUACACCUAUCCUUUUAAGGUACAGACUGUAGUAGUAAUUGCAAAAGUAAUUCUAUGGAUUCUGCUUGUUCUGUUUGAACGGUAUGUCCAGUAUCAUCACAGUAAAGCCAGAAGCCGAGGCUACCUCUCCAUCUACCGAUCGACUAGACAUCUUAAAAGGCUUCCGCUAGUGGUACACUCAACAGGAAAUGCAGCCCUGCUUCUGAUACUAUCGGCUCAGCAUUCUUUUCCUGACAAUAACAGAAUAUAUCUGUAUAUAAUCCUGGGAAUCCUAGCUCUGGAGCUGAUUUGUUCUCUGACGUCCCUAGUCGUUUACACAGUAAAAAUAAGCAAUUUCAACAAGGCAAAAUCCAGGCCUGAUAUAAUUGAAGAAGAAAAAAUGUACGCUUACCCCUGCCAUAUUAUCUCAGAAACUGGAUUCAGGGAAAAUUCAAGUUUGGAAGAAAUUGUUGAAAAGCAAGGAGAUGUGAUAGAAUAUCUUCAACGACACAAUGCACUGCUCAGCAGGAGAUUACUGGCAUUAACCUCACAGCAGAUCAGAGGUUAGAAUGUUUGCAAAGCUGCUGCUAUACAUCAAGAAUCCAAAGCAAUGUAUCCAAUUUGGACAGAAGACUUCCAUAAUCCUUGGAAAGAGGAAAUGUUUUUGGACGAAUGAAUGGUCAUGGUGCGCACCUUGUUACAACUGGAAAGAUUGUCUAGACUUUAUCAAAUUGUUUAGUUUUGAACAGACAUUCUGUUUCUUGGACUCUCUUUUUAACUCCUGAUGGGCUAAAGCUGGAUCCAAGUUUAGCUGUGUAACCUUAUUCAACAGUACUCUUAUUUUGCAUUGCUGUAACUUUUUAACUCCAAGCUGCCAAAGCCUCUUGUACUUCCUGAACUCAAACGUUUACUUUCCAAAUUGAAAGAGCGUAGGGUGUAAACUCUCCUUAGUUUGUUUCCUGAUGGUAGAGGUUGAAUCACUAAACACUUUGUCAAAUCAGUGUUCUACCUAUUUCUUCAAGUUGUAUAGGUCUUAAAACUCAGUAUACGCACUUCUGCAGUUAGUCUGUUGGGGAAGUUGCAAAAACUUGUGUUCUGGAUCAGUGUCUUUUUGCUUCUUAAAGGGAAAUUAAACUAAAGUGUAUAAGAGGGAAAUUAAUCAAAUACCAAAAGCUGGUGUCUGAUCAAAAACCUCUAACUGGCCCAAAGAAAAGCAGAAUUUCACUUCAGUAAGUGUAGUGUAUAUAACAACUAAAUGCAUCAUGGCUAAAGUGACUGAGCAGCUGAACAGAAAUUUGUGCUGACAAGUUUUCUGUAGCUUGAAUUUUUACUAAAUGGUUCCAAAAACUUCAAAAGCAGGAAUUAUUGUUUUGUGUAAUGAUACGAACCAAGGUGAAAUAUAAAUUAAGGGAGAAGGCUUCUGUGUUAAAUAUGUUAAAUCCAGUUUAUGUGAAUAUUUAAAGCUGUUUUGUCUUAGGACAGGUACGGUAUUAAGUUUAAAUCCUAUAAAAGGUGCUGCGCUCUCGAAUACAAAAUUGAUGACCGUUGAUACCUUUUGACUCAAACAUGUGGGAGGGGUCAUGCAACAAAAGGGAAUAGAAAACUAAUCACACCAUAUUUUGGAAUGACCGUUCCCUUCCUAUGUACUUUGAGCAAAUUUUAUAUAGAAACUAGUCUGUGUUAGGCCUAUGCCAUCAUCUCAGAUGUCAGAGUAUACAAUACCACUCUCACAUUCCUAGUUAAUUUUUCUGUUUGCUUGUUUCCCAAGUCUUUUGCUUCCAACGUACUCUCUACUCAUCUUGUCUGCAAGAUCUUGUCUUUUAGGGGAGACGGAUUAGUCUCCGAGUAAAAAUGGGAAAAAUCUCUUAGCAAAUGUUGAGAGUGGUGGCCUCAGAGUUCUAUACGGGAAAACCAAAAGAAAACUAACAUGGCCUAUUUUGGUUCUAGGAUACAAUUUGGGAUCUAGUUCCAUAAUUGUUCACUAUAUUGCAUAGUACUCUGACUUACGGGACAAAACAGGAAUGUUGGAAACUUGCUGCUAAUACUACCAAGUGUGUUUUGGUUUCUUUCCUCCUUUAGCUGUAUUUUCUUAAAUGCAGCCAGGAUUUUAUACUAAAUGUUUGAGAAACAAAUAUCUUGUUUUUAGAACUCAGGAUUUGAUGUGAUUAUUGUAUAACCAUUUAUAUAAUUUGUAUGAAAAGCAGUAAAUGUGACUCUGGAUAUUUGUGCACAAUAAAUGCAACUAAGGAAAAAUAUAAAGCCUCUCCUGUUGAUGGUAUUUAAUUAAAAUGGAAUCUCAAAAAGUAUGAAGCAGUAUAAAACAGCAAAACACACUUUCAUUUAAUCUGCACUGUGAGA